UGUCAUUAUAUUUUUAUUAUCAUUGUUCGUCGUCUCUCGCCCGUUGCAUAACCAUAUCCAUAAAAAUUCCUCUCCGCCAAUAUAUCUUCCUCGAAGAACACUCGCAUCUAGAAUUCGCAAAUAUAACACCUCUGCAGGGACAUUUCGGCAAAGGAAGUCAAUCCUGAAUUUCUCGCCGAUCAAUAUUUGGCGCAUGCUUCUGUUUCCGCGUUUCAGCGUUUCAGCGGAGAGACAGUGUGAUUUCAGUUCUCACGCUGAAAAUAGUCUCGGCCUGUUUCUUCUUUUCUCACGAACUUUCUGACUCUGCAACUGUCUUUCUGGCUUCUUUCACCUGCACUCCUUGAUAUGGCAGUUAAAAAAGUUGUGAAAUCUCUUCUUAAGUACUUUCGCAGAUUGCGUAGAAGUGACAGCAUCGAAUAUAUCGAAAUUUAAAGCGAACUGUGAAGAUUAUCGAGUACUUUACCACAACACUGGCGUUGCUUAAUGAGGAUUGAUUAUUGAGAAUUGGUGAAAUGGAUCCACAAGUUACUGACGAAGCUCCCAAAGAUCCUGGAGCUGAUCACAGAAUCAAACUUCCAUUCGAUGAAAGAGAUUUCGAAGGCCACAGAGCUCACAACGUGUUUAUCGGGGUCCACGUGCCUCCCCCAAGGCGGCAUUCCCACCGCCGCCAUAAGCACCACCACCGCAGCGCCCAGGAAAAUGGUGGUGCUCAACAGGAAGAUAAUAAACCCAGCACUCCUCCUUCCCAACGCGUGCAAUUCAUCCUCGGCGAAGACAUAAACGACGAGAAGCAUGAAAGCCAUCCCCUCUUCUCAGAGAUGGAGGAACUCAUCAUCGACGGCGAGGAUAUGGAGUGGAGAGAAACCGCCAGGUGGAUAAAAUUCGAGGAAGACGUCGAAGAAGGCGGAAAUCGCUGGUCCAAACCACACGUCGCUACUCUUUCGCUACACUCCCUCUUCGAACUGAGAAGCCUCAUACUCAACGGAAGCGUCAUCCUAGACAUGGAGGCUGUUUCCAUGGACCAGAUCGCGGACCUGGUUCUGGAGAACAUGAUCAACAACAACAGUUUGUCGCUGGAGAAGAAGGACAAAGUGAGGGGGGUGUUGCUGAAGAGGCACAGACACCAGCAUCAAAGGAAGCAUCACGGACUUCCAUUCAUAAGGUCCUUCAAUGAGAUGAGGAAUCAUUCGACUUCGAAAAAUAGGCAUUGCUUUAGCUGCGCCAACUUUUCUCCAAACGGCAGAAGAUAUAAAGAAUCAGCAGAUGAGAGGAAUCAUAAAAAAGAAAAUGGUUGCCAUCUUGCAGUCGAGGAACAAUUUUAUUCUGAACACGCUUCUGGAAAGUCGCCAGAUUCUGGAAAGUUUCUCGCCGUUCCUGGACACGGUACAGAAUCAAUGAGAAAAAGUGCGAGCUACGCCUCCAUCAGUAGAAACCAAAGCGGAAGCGAUCUGGGAAGCGACCAGCACAACUUGGCGUUCAUGAGAAAAAUUCCCCCAGGCGCAGAAACAAGCAAUAUUCUGGUGGGAGAGAUUGAUUUCAUCGACAAGACCCUGUCAGCCUUCAUCAGGCUCAACACGGCCGUCCAUCUGGGAGAUUUGACAGAAGUCCCAGUGCCAACACGAUUCCUGUUCAUUCUUCUCGGGCCAACUUCCCCAACAGCAGGCUACCAUGAAAUUGGCCGGGCAAUGGCUACCUUGAUGUCAGACGAGGUGUUCCACGAGGUGGCAUACAGAGCGCGCAAUAGGAGCCAUCUUCUAGCGGGAGUGGACGAAUUCCUGGACGCAGUUACAGUGCUACCGCCCGGAGAGUGGGAUCCUGCAAUACGUAUUGAACCGCCGGCGGCCAUUCCAUCACAAGACCCGCGCAAAAGACCACCAGAGAAACCUACCGAAGAGAUCGACGAAGUAGAAGAAGAGCAGAAGCUGAGAGAAGAAUCCGGUCUCGCUAGAACAGGAGUGCUCUUUGGAGGUCUCGUGAACGAUCUGAAGCGGAAAGCCCCGUGGUACUGGUCCGACUUCAAAGACGCCUUCGCCAUGCAGUGUAUAGCCUCCUGGAUCUUCUUAUACUUUGCUUGCCUGUCCCCUAUUAUCACUUUCGGAGGACUGCUUUCCGAAGCGACUGGGAAAAAUAUGGCGGCCAUGGAGUCCCUGGUAUCCGGGUUCGUCUGCGGUAUGGGCUACGGAUUUUUUUCCGGGCAGCCUCUGACUAUUUUGGGCUCUACGGGUCCGGUGCUGGUGUUCGAAACCAUCGUUUACGAAUUCUGUCAAAGCAUGGGGUGGGAUUAUUUGUCUUUCAGGUUUUGGAUCGGUACCUGGACGGCCGUGAUUCUCAUGGUUCUGGUGGCUAUCGACGCCAGUGCUUUCGUUUGUUACAUCACCAGGUUCACGGAAGAGAACUUCGCGACGCUGAUCGCUUUCAUCUUCAUAAUUAAGGCUUUUGAAAAUGUGAUAGCCAUAGGAAAGAAGUACCCGAUCAAUACGACGGGAUCUUUGAAUUUCUCGACUGACUGCUCCUGUUACUUAAAUGAGUCCGUUGCAGCCAGCUAUCCGGACAUAUCAAGCUACUCCACUCUCAACCAAACAAUAUGCCUUGAACUGAACGGAACUCUUUCUCCAGGAUGCUUCACUCCACCAUAUGCUUCUGACGUAUUCCUCAUGUCAAUUCUACUGUUUUUAGGAACGUAUCUCAUCUCCACUCACCUGAAGGACUUUAAGAACGCGCUCUUCUUCCCUUCUAAGGUUCGUCAAUUCAUCAGCGACUUCGCUGUUAUUAUAGCAAUUCUCUCCAUGACAAUGCUGGACUACAAAGUUGGCAUUCCGACUCCUAAAUUGGAGGUACCCCACGAAUUCAAACCAACCCUUCCCAACAGAGGCUGGAUCGUAUCGCCGUUCAAUAACAACCCCAUCUGGUCGGUAUUCUUCGCAUUACCCCCAGCACUCUUAGGAACGAUCCUCAUAUUCAUGGAUCAGCAAAUUACUGCUGUUAUAGUCAACAGGAAGGAGUUCAAACUGAAGAAAGGAUGUGGCUACCAUCUGGAUCUCUUCGUCCUGUCAAUUCUAAUCGAAAUUUGCUCCAUCAUGGGCCUGCCUUGGUUCGUCGCCGCUACAGUUCUUUCGAUAACCCACGUGCACUCCCUAAAACUAGAAUCUGAAUGUGCUGCCCCCGGAGAUAAGCCUAAAUUCUUGGGGGUCCGAGAACAGAGGGUCACGCAUAUUCUGAUCUUCUUGGCCAUCGGCUGCUCGGUGUUUCUGACUCCGAUGCUGAGCCACAUCCCCAUGCCGGUAUUGUUCGGGGUGUUUCUGUAUAUGGGAAUGGCGUCUUUGAAGGGGCUGCAGUUCUUCGACAGGAUCCUCAUCAUGUUUAUGCCGAACAAAUAUCAGCCGGACUAUAUGUUCCUGAGGAAGGUGCCAAUCAAAAAGGUCCAUUUGUUCACCAUCAUCCAACUGACGUGCCUGUUCUGCCUGUGGAUGAUAAAAUCCUUCAAUCAAACGUCAAUCCUGUUCCCCCUCAUGUUGGUGGUGAUGAUUGGGCUGAGGAAGUCGUUAGACUGCGUCUUCACCAGACGGGAACUUCAAAUUUUGGACGAUGUGAUGCCCGAAACGUCGAAGAGAACCCAACUGGAGAGCGAAGAGGCCCAGGACAAAACAGAAGGAAAUCCCCUAGAACUAGGGAACAAAGCUGGAAAUUUGAAAAUUCCUCUGGCCAAUGGAAACGUCAUGAAUAUACCACUGUCCGCCAUUAACAUAUCUGAAGAGGUCGAUAAAACUGGAAUCUGGCAGCACGUCAAUGAAAACCAGAAAGAGAAGGAGAAAAAGAAGAGCCCCAAAGGAAAAAACCGUUUCAAGAAAAAAAAACAACUGAAGAAGGACGAGAAGAAGGAGAACAAAUUGGAAAAGAGACUUUCUACGUGCGCUGAAGAGGAUGAUGAAGGGAUCACAAUUAAGGCUCCUCAAAACCAAACUCGACAACUAAAUGAAUACUAAAUGUUGCCAAGCAAGGAUCCAGUUGAAUUGAUUCCAAAGUAUAGUACUUUGAAAGUCUAUCGGAAACCGCCAAGUUUGAUAAGUCAUUUUUUAUACACGAAAUGAUAUAUUUUGUUACAAUGCUGGCUUACACUUGUCUUACACUUGAAGAAAAAUAGUGUAUGAUUAUUGUUAUCUUACGAUAUCUUUUUGAAUGAAACAAUUUGACUUGAAGUAUCGAGGUCAUUGAGAACUGAAAUAUACAUGAAAUUUCAGAAGUACACUGAAAAACUUAGUUUGUAUGAAAUAUUAUUGUCAGUUGUUCAAAUUGAUAUAGCAUUCAUAACAAAUUGGUUUCAAGCAUAAUUUUAUAUUAAAUCAAUAAUUUGUAGUCUUACCACACAGUGGUAAUAAUUGUACCCAAAUUGAAAAUACUGAACAAUUUUUGAGGCGAAAACUAUUCACAAAUUAGAAAAAAAUUAUAAUAUGGAUCAUUUAUUCGAAAAUAAUGCAAGGUGUCGGACCUGAUGUUUUCAUUUCAACGAAUAUUUCCUUCAAAGCAAAAAAAUGAAGGUUAGACAGCCAGUACAGCAACAAAACGCUUCUUCUGAAGAGAGUAUCGUUCAGAAGCGACAUCUAACGGACAUGUUAAAACUAGACCAGAUGGUAAAACAAAAACAAGGUCUUGUUACUGGUUAGCUGUUUGAGUAACGCCAUCUUCGGUAGAAAUUUUUUGCUAUAAAACUGACAACCUUAAAAUAAAGAUUCAUGUGUCAUUAACUGAUUCCAUUUGAUUCUUAUAUCGAUGCUUCCAGCUGAUAAUAUUUCAGGAAUAAAUCUUUGCGAAUACCACUCGAUCCAGAAGUUUUCUCAGAUAAAUGUUAAUUUCAUGACUCAAUUUUAUCGCUGUCAAUUUCAUGACUGAUCGGAAGAAGAAGAAGCGUUUUAUUGGUUUUAUCACUGUGGCCUGGCGGUCAAUUUUUUCAUUUCAUCGCAUUGAAGGAAAUUGUCAACAAAAAUUAUACUAUGGAUAAACUUCUCAGAUUGUCAGUUACAUGAGUUGUUUAGAAACAGUUUUAAUAUGGUGAAACACUUGCCUACUAUUUAUUCAUCCUCGCUAUCUAUUACUGGGUGAUAGAUUUCAACUUGCCAGGAUUUAGGGAAUGCUGAUGAAAAAAUGUCAAAUAUGUCAUAUAUUGAUCAAAUUUAUCUCAGAGUUUUUAGUACGAUGAGCAUACAUCGGCUAAGAUUUGGUACAGCUGAAAAGUUUGAGAAACCAUUCAAAAAAUGUAUCAAUAUGAUUCUUCCAUUAUGUUCUGUAAAGAAUAAUUUUCAUUGAAUAAGUUUUACGCGUCACCAGGCUUUUGUUAGCCUUUUCAAUAAUUGUUACGUUGAAGUGAUAGUUUUGAUGUGAACCUAAUCAUGGUUUAAUAAAAUAUUGUAUAUCGUCAACUUUAACUUUGAGAAUGGAUAUUCUCGAUUUGUGUGGCCCUUACGUAGACAGUUUUAUGUAAUGCAUUACAGAAAUUUUGUAUUAU